AUGAAAGGUUUUCUCGGUUUGUGUCUCCUUGCUGGCCAGUUGAAGUUCAAGUCUAUUAGGGACAUGUUUUCACUGGAUCCUCUCAAUUAUCAUCCGAUAUUCCCGGCUACUAUGUCAGGUAGACGAUUUGAACAGAUUCUGAGGUGCUUGAAUUGUGCAGAUGAUGAAAAUAAGGAGGAUAAUCUCUAUAAAGUUAGUUGGCUUGUGAAAUCUAUCAUUAAGUCAAGCCAAAAUAUGUUUUCUCCGCCAGAAGCCUUAUCUCUAGAUGAAUCACUGUUACUUUUCCGAGGCCGAUUACGGUUUCGAGUUUACAUAAAAAACAAAAAAAGUAAAUAUGGGAUUAAGUUCUAUGAGAUGUGUUCCAAUGACGGAUAUGUCCUAAAUAUAGAAAUUUAUAAAGGUAAAUCUAAUAGAGAAGAUGUCAGGGGCAGUUCUAAAAUAAAUUAUUUAGUUCUUAGGCUUCUGGAGCCAUUUCUAGAUAAAGACCACCAUAUAUACAUGGAUAACUUUUAUAACAGUGUCCAGUUAUCGGAAAUCCUAUUGCAAAGGAAAACUCACAGCACGGGGACAUUACGCUCGAAUAGAAAAGGUAAUCCCAAAGAGGUUACUGGAGCCAAGUUGAAAUCCGGGCAGCAUAUUUGGAGAAGAAAGGGAAAUGUGUAUGUUUCCAAAUGGCGCGACAAACGUGAUGUCUUAUCCAUCACGACGGGCUAUAAGCCUGAAUUGGUUGAAAUUGCCAACAGGUAUGGUCAUAAAAAACCAAGCCAUUAA